ACUGCAAAAUCACAUUUCCCAGUUCCCACACCACCUCACCUUCUCCCGCAACUCCCUCUAUAUAUGCUCUCACCCAAAGUUAACAUCGCUCGUAGAACCAAACUCUUCUCUCUCUCUCACGGACGUCCUCUUCGAAUCGAAAUCAAGCAAUUCUUUCAGCUCUCAGCAGUUGCGGAGCAGUAGCAGAGGCACAGAACAAGACAUACCAAAUCCAGUGUUAGUUAACAAACGGUUUAUUUUUUUCCCCAUUUUACCCUUCCCUUCUUCUUCAAUUUUCUCUGGGAUGCCAUCAAAACCUCACCACUAGCUAGAUUUUAGAUCUGAAGGGCCUAGAAGCCAGUACUCUUCAUUUUCCUUACUAGAAUUUAUCUAUCAAAGAGAAGAGAAGAUGAUUACUUGGAAGGAUCUCUACACUGUCUUGACGGCCGUGGUUCCCCUGUAUGUGGCCAUGAUCUUAGCUUAUGGUUCAGUUCGGUGGUGGAAAAUCUUUACGCCGGACCAGUGCUCCGGCAUCAACCGUUUCGUGGCCAUAUUCGCUGUCCCUUUGCUAUCCUUCCACUUCAUCUCAACCAACGACCCUUAUUCCAUGAACUUCCGCUUCAUCGCCGCCGAUACACUGCAAAAGAUAAUUUUGCUGGUGGUCCUGGGGAUCUGGACCAAUUUCACCAGGAACGGUAGCCUCGAAUGGAUGAUCACCAUUUUCUCACUCUCCACACUCCCAAACACUUUGGUCAUGGGAAUUCCUCUCCUCAUCGCCAUGUACGGCGAUUACUCCGGUAAUUUAAUGGUUCAGGUGGUGGUGUUGCAGUGUAUCAUCUGGUACACUCUCCUCCUCUUCCUCUUCGAAUACCGUGGAGCCAAGAUGCUUAUCAUGGAGCAGUUCCCUGAUACAGCCGCAUCAAUCGUGUCUUUCAAGGUGGAUUCCGACAUCAUGUCGUUGGAUGGCCGUGAUUUCCUGGAGACGGAGGCCGAGAUCGGCGACGAUGGGAAACUCCACGUCUCUGUGAGGAAAUCGAAUGCGUCAAGGCGGUCACUGGCAUUGACGCCGAGGCCGUCGAAUCUCACCGGAGCUGAGAUUUACAGCUUGAGCUCGUCCCGGAAUCCCACACCUAGGGGUUCCAAUUUCAACAACGCCGAUUUCUAUUCCAUGAUGGGAUGCCAAGGCUUCCCUGCAAGACAUUCCAAUUUCGGUUCAACGGAUUUGUAUUCUGUACAGUCGUCCAGGGGACCAACGCCGAGACCAUCAAAUUUCGAGGAGAAUUGCGCACCUGGUGCGCAGGCUUUGGGCUCUCCUCGCUUCGGUUUCUAUCCUGCCGCGCCAACCGCAAAUUCUUAUCCUACGCCAAAUCCAGAUAUCUCUGCUCCGGCACCUGCAACUAAUAAUAAGAACCCUAACUCUACUAAGCAGCAGCAGCAGCAGAUGCAGGUGCAGGUGCAGAGUAAAGCGAACACUCAUGAUGCGAAGGAGCUUCACAUGUUCGUGUGGAGUUCCAGUGCUUCACCAGUGUCUGAAGGAGGUGGGCUCCACGUGUUCGGCGGGACUGACUUCGGUUCAGCGGAACAAUCCGGACGGUCAGAUCAGGGCGCGAAGGAGAUCCGGAUGUUAGUUACUGAUCAUCCUCAAAACAGGGGAGACAAAGAAGCGACACCGGAAAAUGAGGACUUUGGGGGAGAAGACUUCAGCUUUCCAGGAGGAGAAGACAGAGAGAAAGAAGGGAUAGCUGAUCUGACGAAGCUGGGAUCCAGUUCCACGAAGGAGUUGCACCCGAAAGCCACCGAAAUUUCAGAUUCCGGUGCCGGAAAACAGAUGCCUCCGGCGAGUGUCAUGACGCGUCUGAUCUUAAUCAUGGUGUGGCGGAAGCUUAUUCGUAACCCCAACACGUAUUCUAGCCUAAUCGGCCUCGUUUGGUCUCUCAUUGCCUACAGGUGGCAUGUGUCGAUGCCAAAAAUAAUAGGGAAGUCCAUCUCCAUUCUCUCCGAUGCAGGUCUCGGAAUGGCUAUGUUCAGCUUAGGCAGCACUACCUCAAGGGAUAGUCCCUUUUGUGUUCGCCAAAGAGUACAAUGUCCAUCCAGCUAUCCUCAGCACUGCGGUCAUAUUUGGGAUGCUUAUAGCUUUGCCGAUCACCUUAGUUUACUACAUUGUUCUGGGACUAUGAAGUAUUAUAAUUUGAGAGAAGUGUUCCAAGAAGAGAAUCACAGAACAAAGGAAGAGUACCUCAAGAGAUUAAUGGAGAUUCAAACUACACACUCUGGCUGAGUCAAAGAGAUAAGGGUUCCUCUCUUUCUAUUUGAACCAAAAGCUUUGACCAUAACCCAAAGAAGAAUCUUGGUUGAAGAGUGG